AUGUACGACAAUACGCAGCUGCAGCUGCAGCAGCAGCAGCAGCAGCAACAGCAGCAGCAGGGGGCCCAACACCACCCUGAAUCAGCAGCAGCAACAACAACAACAACAGCAGCAGCAGCAGCAGCAGCAACAGCAGCAACAGCAGCAAAUACACCGGACAGCAGCAGCAGCACACGUAAGGCCCUAAGGAGCGCCAUACAUUUGCUGCAGCAAGAGGGGCCCCUAGAGGCAGCAACAAAUCUACUCAGCAGCAAACCUUAUGGGGAGAAGCUGCUGCGCCUGCUGCUGCAUACUCUUAUUGGUAAUUAUAUACACUGCAGCAGCGGCAGCAGCAGCAGCAAGAGCAGCAACAGCAGCAGCAGCAGAAAUAGCAGCAGCAGCACUAGCAGCAAGGAGACAGCAGCAGGAGGGGGGUUGAGCGAGAGAACGUGUACCGUUAUUCUGCAGAUUUUUACGUUGGUCAGCAGCAACAGCAGCAGCAGCAGCAGCAACAGAGAGCAGCAAGUUAUUAUUGAGCAUGCAUACAGCAGCAGCAGCAGCAACAGCAGCAGCAGCAGCAGCAGCAGCAGCUUCAAGCAGCAGCUACGAGACUAUUUGCAUGCAGCACUUCAAGCCCCAAACUUCUUCGGAUUACCUGAUGUUGGCGCCUUUGAGGGCUUUGAUGGACUGCCUGUUGCUACCCACAUCCCUAUAACAGCAGCAGUAACAGCAGCAGACAGCAGCAGCAGCAGCAGCAGCAGCAGCAGAUUUAUUCCAGCAACAACAGCAGCAGCAGCAACAGCAGCACAGGCAACAGCUGCAGACCAGAAGCAGCAACAACAGCAACAGCAGCAGCAGCAGCAACAGCAACAGCAGCAGCAAGUAGAGCAUGAGAACGAACAGCAACGCUCGCGGUCUCUUUCUGUCUCCGAGCCAACAGCCCCUAGCCAAACAGGCAGCGACCAGCAGCAGCAGCAGCAACAACAGAAGCAGCAGCAGCAGCAACAGCAGCAGCAGCAGCAGCAGCAGCAGCAUUUUGUACUAGAAGAUAAUAAUUUAGAUACAGAGGAUGAAUAUGAUGAUCCGCCAUCAGCACAAACGGAGACACCUGUCUCCCUCCUACGUAGCGAGGCAUAA